UUUUAGUUUCAUUUAUUCCCAUUUUUUUUUCCAUUUAUUUCUAGUAAAUAUCCAUCGUUUUCAUUAAAAAAAAGUUCUCCUUCGCAUCAUGAAAAUUACAUUCAUUUCUCUUUAUUUGCAAAGUCUUUUUUAAAACUAGAGGAUUUUACUUACAUUAAAUACUUUUAUAUAUAUAAGGGGACUUGUUUUUAGUAUAUAUAGAUACAAUCUUUUAAGGCAUUUCAAUUGCACCUGUUAUGGAUUUUGCAAGUUCUAACCUUUUUUCUGCAGAAGACACCAACACCAUUCUUGAAAAUGAGUACCAUGAUGCUGGCACAUUGGUUCCUAGGAAUCAUCAAAACAGUCAGCAAACACAGAUUUUGAUUGGUGUGCCAUUACAGAGUGAUGAAUGUGUGGCUUUGUUGAUUAAGAAAGAAUGUGAACAUAUGCCUUGUGGUGAUUAUCUUGAAAAGUUGGCAAAUGGGGAAUUUGGUUUUGCGGAGAGAGGGGAGAUUCUUGAUUGGAUGUACAAGGUUCAUUCACAUUUCAGUUUUGGACCACUAUGUUUGUAUUUGGCUGUGAAUUACCUUGAUAGGUAUCUUUCUGCUUGUGACUUACCUAAGGAAAACGUAUGGAGUAUUCAGCUGCUGGCUGUAACUUGUUUGUCCCUUGCUGCUAAAAUGGAAGAGACUCAAGCUCCACUAUCUCUUGAUUUACAGAUUGAGGGAGCAAGAUUUGUAUUUGAAGCAAGAACCAUAAAAAGAAUGGAGCUUGUCUUGUUGAGCAAGUUGAAGUGGAGAAUGCAGCCAGUUACACCAUUCUCAUUCAUUGAUUAUUUCCUUAGGAAGACAAAUGGUGAUCAAAUUGCUUCAAGUGCUUCAAUCACUAAAGCAGUAAAUGUCAUACUAGGAACAUUAAAGGGAAUUCACUUUUUGGAAUUCAAACCUUCUGAGAUUGCAGCAGCUGCGGUAAUCUCUGUUGUGGAGAAAAAUGAGACAGUUGGCACUGAGAAUGCAACAUAUGCUCUACUUGUGCAAGUACAAGAGGAUAGAGUAAAGAAGUGUGUUGAAUUUAUUCAAGAAUCAUAUUUGCUAAGUGAUUUAGUUGACUCAACCCCUUUUGCUCCUCAAAGUCCAAUAGGUGUGUUGGAUGAUUCAUAUUUAAAUUACCAGAGAGAUGAUUCAGGUGCAAAUUUCGCAGAUGAUGGGCCAGCUACUAAGAGGGCAAAGAUGAAUGAAUGAGUGAAAGCCUCCUACCCCUCUCAAAUGCAACAAAUUUAGAUACUUGAAAGAUGGAGAAAAUUGAUAUGGCUGUGAGGAAAGAGAUUGAAGAUUGAUGAUUCAACGUGUGUUCAUCAUGACAUUUAUUUUAUAAUUGUGGCGUUCAGAACAGCUUGCACGUAGCUCAGAUCAAGAACUUCAUGGGGGGACUCUGAAAGUGUUAUACAUUAGACUUCUUCAUAGGGGACGAGGGAGGGGUGGAGGGGGCAUAAUAUAUUUAAUUAGGAGGAAAAGGACUCAAAAAUUAUUCUUGCUUUUGAGUUUUAGAAAGAAAAACUGUGUUCAAUGCUUUAAGGCUAUAUCUGAAAAACAAUAAGGGUCAAAGUAGGAAGGAAAAUGUUCAAUUAUGUAAUUCAUUUGGCCUGUUAUCGUCAAUUCAUCGCUUACAGCUUUGCGGACUUAA